AUGUCUUCAAAACUUGAGUGCACAGGGAUGCCUGAUAUAUUCCGGGGUUGCGUGAAUCGCUUAAUAGCUCUACGCUACGAUAGUGGCACAUUAGGCGCAGUGAUACAUUUACCUGAUUUUGCAGAGCCCGGGCUACUGUUAUUACUCUGCUACUGUUCUGAACCCAUCUGCAGCAAUGAGUGGGCCAAAGAAAAGAAAAGUCGACAGACAGUCCUUCGCCGUGUUGAAUUAAUUGACGAAGAUUUAGCUAGCAAGCUAAACAGACAAGCGGAGUCAUUUACAUCAUAUUCCUUGGAACUAGACGAAAGUAACGACAUAAAGGACACCGCUCAGCUUUUAAUUUUUAUCAGAGGGAUUAAUGACAAUUUUGAGAUAACAGAGGAGUUUUUGGCCAUGGAAUCCUUGAAGGGGAAAACGAGGGGAGAGGAUUUGUAUAACAGAGUGUCGGCGGCAAUGGAAAGGCACAAGCUACCUUGGAGUACGCUCGCCAAUGUUACCACAGACGGAUCGCCAAAUCAGACGGGAAAAAACGUCGGAUUGCUCAAAAGAAUCCAGGACCGGGUGAAAGAGGACAACUCUGAGCAGGAAGUAAUUUUCUUACACUGCAUAAUCCACCAGGAAGCAUUGUGUAAAUUUGUAUUGCAGCUUGACCACGUAGUGAAGCCAGUUGUAAAACUUAAAGCUGACAAUUUUCCUGAGCUGAGUGACACAGACUGGCUUUGUGAUUUAGCUUUUGCUGUGGACAUACUGACAUACAUGAAUGAGCUGAAUGUAAAGCUACAAGGGAAAUAUCAGUUUGUCCAUGAUAUGUACACAAACAUCAGAGCCUUCAAAACCAAGCUCGCCUUAUCCUCAAAGCAAAUGUCAAACAAGUCAUUUGCUCAUUUCCCCACACUGGCGACACUGAAAGAGGCCUCUCGACAUGUGAAAAAAUAUAGGAAAUCACUGGAUGACCUGUAUGAAGAAUUCUGCCGGCGGUUCUCUGAUUUUGGAAAAAAAUUAACGUCACUUCAGCUGGUUUCAUGCCCCUUCACACAAGAUCCUGAAACAGUGCCAAAAGAGUUGCAGUUGGAACUGAUUGAUCUCCAAUGUGACGCUAUUAUGAAGGAGAAGUUCAACUCUCUUAAACUGGAUGAGUUUUAUGCUUCAUUAAGUGCAGCCAAAUUUCCAAACAUCCAGAAGAUGGCACAGAGGAUGCUGGUGUUGUUUGGCUCUACAUAUGUAUGUGAACAGACUUUUAGUGUGAUGAACAUCAACAAAGCACCCCACAGAUCCCAGUUGAGUGAUGGACACCUCGGAUCUGUUCUGAGAAUUACCACAACACCGGACUUUGAUGCACUGGCAAAAACGGGUGAUCAACAACACUGUUCCUACUAA